CCGCCUCACCGCCCCUGUUCAUGCUGGAACGGCAAAUAAGCUCGAACCAUAGAGAGGGGGCGACCAUUUCCCUUAAAAAUAAAUAAAAAUAAGUCAACGCACAGAGAUAGGUCUCUAUACACUUUAAAGAUGCAGACAGGAAGCGGCGAGGACAGAGCCGGAUGUAGCACGCGGGGGCUCGUUGCUAAGCAACGGCGGUAAACAGCUACCCUGAGGAUCGGAUGCUGCGGUAUCUUGCAUCAGCUCUCUGAAAUUGAGGCCCAUCUCUUGCCAACAUCUGAUGAAGCUUCUACUGUAGUCUAAACAACUGUUCAGUUACCUUAAGGCUUUACUGGAAAUGCUGAAUGGCUCAUUUGCAGCUGGCUGUGUGUUCACAUAUGGAUCCAAUGGCGGCCAAUUCCAGCCUUCCUGCAACAAGCCAGGAAAGAUGCCACCCUGAGGCUCUUAAAGAGCAGGUCCAGCUAGAACACUUGAGGAGUAAUAUCCAGCAGCAAUUCCUGUGCAACAAAGAUAAGAAGCUGGCAGAUCUUCAUAUCCAAAAAGGGCGGAGCUCUUCUUGUUCUCAGCCUGCAGAAACUAGUCAACUGAUCUUGGAGAAGGCAGGUUUCUAUUCUGCUGGCCCACGCAAUUGGUACUUUAAGGGCCAGGCAAACAGUCUGCCCUCCCACUGGAGAACCAAACGGAGAGAAGGUGUGGACAGGUCAUACCCUCUAAAACCAGUCUUUCCCCAUACAGCUGGGAAUGUUCACCUGCCCAGUUCUUGGCAAGUUGGGAGCCCACCAGCUAGAAAGACUCCUCCUAUUAGUCCUAGCUCAGAGAAAAAAGGAAGGUCACAUGCAGUCAAGACUCAUCAUGUUAGAGUGCCUUCUCCUUUUUCUGUAGAGCAAUCCAAGAGAGCAGCUUCUCAUUCACGUAGGGCAGAGUCGGGCUACAUUCAAAAACUGGAGGCUGCUGGGCGGAGCUUAGAGGAGGAGAUCCAACGAAAGGAGGCUCUGCUCAGGGAGAAGCUGAGGAGAACGGAAGAAGAGCUUCGAAGAAUCCAGUGGGAGAGGCAGCAGGCAGAAGCAGAAGGAAGACGGCAGCGGGGAGGACUAAGUAUGCCUGAGAGGAAAGCAGCAGGUAUUACUCAAGGCCAUGUUUCCAGGUCUAUAGCGCAAACGCGUGACUGUCAAAAGGUACAUAUUCCAGACAGCCCUGCUGUCUCAGUGGGGACUGCCCUGCCUCCCCAGGCACUCCACAUGGAAAAGCUAAAAAAGCAAAGAUUGGUGGCUAGCAACAGUAAAAUUCGAGAGAAUGUAUCCCAGAUUUCAGCCACUUCUAGCCCAGAACUGGCUUCCAUGCGUGACCAGGCUCCUUCUGCAGCAGCCUCGUUGGGACAGGCUGACUGUGUGGCAGCAGAACCCUCAUAUACAGAGGCUCCAAGCAGUGUAGAGGAUUGGGGAGAGUGCAAUUUCUGUGGGCGAAAGCUUUAUUGCUCCAGGUUGGAGAAGCACAUAAGCAUCUGCAGGAAGAAUCAUGGCUCCAAGAGAAAAGUGUUUGAUUCAAGCAAGGCUAGAGCAAAAGGCACCGAAUUAGAGACCUAUUAUCUAUUGAAGGGUUCAGACACCUCUCAGAAAAAGAAUUCCAGACAAAAUUUUGAGGCUUCCAAGCAAAACAGUGAGAUAUCUAAGCAAAGCAACUGGAGACAGAAGCAUGAAUCGUUUAUCAAGACAUUGCGUAGGGCUCGUGAGCUGCAACGAGUAAUCUCCAAAGGAGGGAAGGCCUCAGACCUCCCCCCAGCCCCUGCUAUGGAGAACCCAGACUACAAGUUAUGCCCUUAUUGCACCCGUCAGUUUGCACCUAAGGUGGCUGAGAGACACAUUCCCAAGUGCAAGAACAUUAAGAAUAGACCCCCACCACCACAGCAAAAGAAACGCUGAUAGUGGGCCGAAGUGAGAUCUGCAACUGGCAUCAUCACAUUGAGGCUCCCUGCCAUUUCCUUGUUUGAUAGCACAGAGUAGCAGACAGCAUUCCCAGUGCUGCAGCUUCAUUUUAUAUAAAAAAUACAAAGGUGUGAAAUCAGUGAGAAGCCCACAAACCAUGAACAGAUUAUUAAACCCCAUGUAUUGCAUAUUAAGGUCCAGUGCUUCGUAAAGUAGUUAGACCUAA